AUGUAUUCCCCAAUAUACGAUCUAGGAUACGCCCUCUCCAACAUUAUCAAAUCGAUGUCGGCGACACCGGAUCGCGUCAUCGGCGCAUCGGUUAGCAAGCAAAGAAAUACCACUAUUGCGUGCCGAAAUUGUCAUGCCCGCAAAGUCAAGUGCUCUGGCGGGCAACCAUACUCUAAUUGUCGUCGAGACAGGAGUGGGGUUGACUGUUCAUAUCCCAAUAGGAUACGGCAUAUAAAACUGAGGGAAAGCUAUGUCGAUGAGCUGCUUUCAGAGAUCAACCGCCUAAGACGUGGGCAAACAGAUAUCACCGAGAAUAAUGAUAGAGAGGCCCAAGAAGAUAGGAGAAAAAAUCUCGUGGCGUCAGAAUUGUCCCAAGGGAGCCCAACCACUACAGGUUCCGUGGAAGUGUCGACAACCAAUGCACCACAAACAUCGGAUGUGGGCUCCAAUAGAGCAAACGCUGCGUCGGGGGCUGAAAGGAACCCACUACUUGACGAUCGCCCUUGGUUCAUCUCCGUAACGCCAGAAAUGCCAGUCUUGGUGGGAGAAGCAACAGAUGCGGCUUUCGCGACCAGAUUCCGCCAGGCCUUGUCAGGGAAAACCCAGAGACACUUUCCCCGUACUCAGUAUUCCCUCAAUCCGAUUACCACCUCUAUAAACCUUCUCAGUAUGCAUGGGCCGCCACCCGCAAGGGCGCGCAUACUUACAAAGGUUGCGUUGAAAACGAUUUGCCGUCGCAAUCAUCUUGUGCGAAAGAGCACUGUCCUGGCUAUUCUAGAACGGUCUAUCCAAAGCCCAGACCAGUGUGAUUCUAUCAGCGUGUGCAAACUGUUCGUUAUGUUUGCGUUAGGAGAGGUUUACUCAGCUAGGGCUACUUUUCCAGGAGCUAAGUUUCCUGGCAUUGACUAUUACAAUCAUGCAACCAACGUGUUUCGUGUCUUGAGCGAAGAGCCAAGAAUUGAGUGUGUCGAGAUCAUGUUGAUGCUGUCUUUAUACUCAACUACUAUGAACAGACGUCAUGCAGCAUACUGUAUGGUGGGAUGUGCGAUGCGCUUCGCCAUAUUAAUAGGACUCCAUCACAACGUGCCGGAUACUCAACUACCAGACCGUGUACAAGUGGAACACAGAGUGAGAUUAUGGUGGUCUGUCUACAUGAUGGAUCGAUCAUGGGCGACGAUGCUGGGCCAACCCGUUUCGAUACGAGAUGAAGAGAUAGGCGUAGCUCUUCCUUCCUCCCAUGGGAUCCCGGAGGUGUUUGCCGAUGAUUUCCAACCUGUCGAUGAUGUUAUCGCCGGCCUCCACAUAUCUAGACUUUCUGCUGAGAUCUCCUCUUCAAUAUAUGGUCGCAGUAUGCAACAGCAAACUUUCUCGCAUAGAGUGCAGCAAGCACUGCAAAAGUUGGAUGACUGGGUGAAAAGCCUACCCGAUAGUCUGCGUACGAAGAUCGAUGAGGCGUCUACUCAUACAGACAUAGCAGAUCUAACUUUGCAUCUUUACUACAACCAGUGUUUAAUGCUAGCCACACGCCCUGUGCUCCUGCACCUCUUCCGUUUGCGCCACGUCACUCCAACCGAGGAUCUACAUGAGGAUCCAGCUCAGCCUAGCGAGCCUACACUCGCACUCGCAGAGGCUUGUGUUAUCUGUGCAAGAAAGACCUACCAUAUUCUUAUCAACGCCUGGAUCAAUGGUCUGUUCCCAACUUUCGACUAUGCUCUCACCCAGUACCUGUUCUCGACAUGUAUUGUACUGGCAAUAUCCAGCCUGUUACAAGCUCGAUGGCUCAACACCGAAAGCGAAGAUUUCGAAGCUGCAGUACAAAUUCUUGAUCAACUGAGCCAAAAUGGAAGUCAGGCCGCAUCUGAGUUCAUGAGACAUGUUGACGCCAUAAAAUCAUCUAUGGAGAGCCAGAGAGCCUCUCAAAGUCAAGGACCCCACCAGACAUUCUCCGGAUCAUCGGCGGCGUCGCAAGGAUUGAAUGCCACUGACAAUUUGGCACCAAGGGCAGAUGCAGAAUUGAAUCACAUAGGAUUCAAUCUAUCCGAACCCUCGCUGCAGGAUCUUCUAUCUUUUCCGCAUUGGGACCUCGACUCACUUGAAAAUUCUUCCAGCCAGGAAAGAUUCCAAUCCUUCUAUUGGCCGGAUGGAAAUGGCGAGCAUUGGACAUCAUGA